GGGGUCAAAUCGAGUGGCCAAGGGAUUGAAUCGUCUUUUCUGUUUUUGUGUGGUGGUGGUGUUGGUAUUACCCCUUUACAGGGUUUCAAACAAAAAAGCUCACAGAGACACAUAGAGAAGGAAGAAGAAGAAGAAGAAGAAGAUAUCAAGAUAGAGAGCCCUGAAAGCUCUAGAUAAUACUGCAACACACACAAGCAGCUCCUUCAAGCUCAAACGUAAAAGCAUCAAAUCUCUGAUUCUCUUUCGCUUUCCUUUCACUAUAUUUCUAAGCUCGGCUUAUACCAGCUCAUGGAUCCCUUCGAUUUGGUGCGAAAAGGGUUUGGUUGAUGCUUGAUGAAAGCUGUGCUCCUCUUUAAUUCAGAGCUUAUCGAGUUGUAUCUAAUUCAGUAAAUAAUGAGCUUGUCCAAGAAAGGAUCCUUUACGAAUGACACAAAGCUAGGCGCUGCUGCAAGCAAGGCAACUACUUUAAAUCCAAAUGCAGCAGAGUUUGUUCCCUUUUCCCUCAGAUCUCCUUCAUCUGGAAGCACCAGCACACCUCAGGCAUUUUCUUCAUCUCGAACCUUUGGAAAAGCAGUAUUAGAUCGAACAGAGUCUUCCACCUCGAAUAAUUCUGAUGACGAGGCCCACCAAUAUUGGCGCCACCAGCUCCCUGAUGAUAUCACCCCUGACUUUAAGGUCAUGGGAGAAGAUGAGUCACCAGGUCUUGGAAACAUCUCUUUGGCGGGAUUGUCCUUGCAUGAUGACAGUGAAGCAACACACUUUCCUGCUUCUACAGGCAGUGGAUACUUAUAUAAUGACAUUAAUGGUAAUAGCUUUUCUGAAAAGUUAAGAGUUGCUACAUCCCCCUAUGGGGAUGAUCUUUCCUCGCCCAGUUUCAUGCACAUGUCAACCAAGCCUUGGGAUAAGCAGAUUCUGAAUAGCAAUCAGCUUGUUAGCAAUGGUCAUGAGGGGUCUCUUUAUGAUGGCAUUUCUAGACAUGGAUUCAUGAAUGAUAUAUUGGGUGAGCAACCAGUUGUUGAUGAUAGCGAAAUUAACCCUGCCGAUUUUUUGGCUUCACAGUUCCCCGGGUUUUCCUCUCAGAGCCUUGCAGAAGUUUACUUAGCCAAUGGUGGUGACUUAAACCUGACUAUUGAGAUGUUGACUCAGUUGGAGCUUCAAGUUGAUGGUGGUUUUAAUGAAAAUAUGAAUCCAAAGACCUUGUCAGCUCCUGAUCUUAGUUCAAUGGACUUUCCUGCACUAACUCCAACAGAUGGUCAGCAUGGUCAUCCAAAAUAUGUUGGAGACGAUGAUUUCCAGCAAAGUGGCAAUCCAUAUCGAACUUCUGACAAGGACAGCAUGCUGAUGUUUAAGUCUAGCUCAUCCAUUCCGUCUAGAGGUUCAAUAGAUUUUGCUUCAGCUGUCAGGAAAUUGGCGACUCAGGAUUCUGGUGGAUGGAAGUAUGAGAGGAAUGGGUCUGCUGAUGCUGCUAUUGGCUCAAGUAGAGCUUCCCAUCUUGUAAAUAGCACUUACAAUACUGGGCAUGGAAGAGCCAUCUACAGUGAUAGGUCGCAGACUCGUGGUUCAGCUCGGACUGCUCCUGUUUGGCUUGAAACUGGAGAUGCUGUUGCAAAUAUGUAUACCGAUCUGCGGGAGGAAGCUCGUGAUCAUGCACGCCUACGGAAUGCAUACUUUGAGCAGGCACGACAAGCAUACCUUGUUGGAAACAAGGCUCUAGCAAAGGAACUGAGUGUUAAAGGGCAGCUGCACAACAUGCAUAUGAAGGCAGCUCAUGGAAAAGCUCAAGAAUCUAUAUAUCGCCAGAGGAACCCAGAAAUGCAAUUCAAUGGAAGACAGGAGAGGAUGAUAGACCUGCAUGGACUUCACGUAAGUGAAGCUCUUCAUAGGCUCAAGCAUGAGCUGAGCAUAUUGAGGAACACUGCUAGAGCAGCAGAGACGGGUCUUCAGGUUUAUAUAUGUGUUGGAACAGGCCACCACACCCGGGGUUCACGCACUCCAGCGAGGCUUCCAGUUGCUGUACAGCGUUACCUACUGGAAGAAGAGGGGCUCAACUACAAUGAGCCACAGCCAGGGCUGCUUCGAGUUCUGAUGUACUGAGCCAGGAAGAUAGUAUUUUGACAGAGGGAAAUCCACGAAGUCAUAGUGAUCGUAGCCAUUCUUGUAUCUGUGUAUAUGGGAAGCAAUCAAGAUUAGUCCAGUCUGAAAAAAGGAAAGGAAAAAAAAUGGAAGAGAGAUGAAGAAGUUAGAGGGAAAAAAAAGAUGGAAAAAAAAGAAGUGGAGAAGUGUAUCAUUAAGUUCGACCAGUAGGCAGAAGUGAUCCUACCUUAGCAGACGUCUUGCAAAGUUCUUUUUUGUAUCUUAAAAUUUUCAUUUCUUUGUUAAUUCCUUUUUGAUUCUCAGAUGUAACUGAUAGAAUUGAAUUAGGAAAAACUACACCCACCUCCUUGACCAAACUCUAAAACACAAAAAACUCCACUACAUUUGUUUUUAGACACUUAAGGACAUUUUGUCUUUAGCAAGUUUCA